CCGGCCGCCCUUGGAUGCUUCAGUGACAUCACGCGGAAGGUGUCUUUCAGGAUGGCACAGCUCUUGGCCGGCAAACUGGGCUGGGUUCUCCUCACGGCCGGGCUCCGGUUCGUGUUCAUGGUCCUGAACAACUGCGUGGCCAUCCCGUCCUACUGCCUGUACCUGCUGCUGCUCCAGCCGCUGCGGGUGUGGGACCGCUCCAUGUUCUGGCACAUCGAGGGGCUCAUGUUCAAGUGGAUGCUGGCCAUGGUGUCCUCGUGGGGCUGGAUCGCGGGCUACACAGUAACAGAGUGGGGCGACGACGUGCGGCCCAUUACAGAAGAGGAAGCUAUGGUCAUAGUCAACCACCAGUCCACAGGAGACGUGUGCACCCUCAUGAUGUGCCUGCAGGACAAGGGCACGGUGGUACAAAAAAUGAUGUGGUUGAUGGACCAUGUGUUUAAAUACACCAACUUUGGCCUAGUUUCCUUGAUCCAUGGGGACUUCUUCAUCAGACAGGGUAAAGCCUACAGAGACAAGCAGCUGAUCUACCUGAAAGAUCACCUAGACCAAUAUUACCACAGCCGCGACAGGAAGUGGAUAGUGCUGUUCCCAGAGGGCGGCUUCCUGCGCAAGCGGCGGGAAACCAGCCAGUUAUUUGCCAAGAAGCACUCGCUCCCCCACCUGAACCACGUCACGUUGCCUCGACUCGGGGCCACGCAGGUUAUCCUGAAAACCCUCUCCGCCCAGCAGGAGAAUGGCAGCGUGGGCAUCGAGACUGUGACCGCCAACCAGAUAGGUAACAAGCGUCGAGGCCUGCAGUGGGUAAUAGAUGUGACCAUAGCGUACCCUAAAGCAAGACCCAUGGACAUCCAGACCUGGAUCUUUGGCUACAGGCCUCCUACAGUCACACAUGUACAUUACAGGAUGCACCCAAUCAAAGAGGUUCCUGUGGAGGCAGAGGCCCUGACUGACUGGCUGUAUCAGAGAUUUGUGGAGAAAGAAGAGUUGCUGGCCUACUUCUACGACAAAGGAUCCUUCCCGACUCUGGACGGACACAAGGUGGCAGUCUCCCGGGAAAUGACCCUGGACCCCGUGUGGCUGUGCGUCAUCCAGUCGUUUGCGUUUGCCUCCGGCUACAUGUGGUACAGCGUCCUCCUGUACCUCUACUGCUGUUUAUUUUGAGUGCGCUGAUGAGCUGAGAGUCUUAAUCGGACCACUGGACAAGCCUCAGGAUCGUUUCGGUGUGUGGCCCAGCGUCGCGCUCGCCCCCUACGAUGGAUGAAUGUACAUUUGCAACAGCGGAGCGACUUACCAGGAAACAAUAAGCAUAUGAAGUACACACACACACACACACACACACACAGAUUAAAGAAACCCAUACAGAAUGAAACAGGUCACAGGCAUAGUUAACGUACACACAACCCUAACGCCACACACACACUCGCAGAAUAAUCUCUCGCACUCGUCACAACUCACAUUUUGAUGUUUACACGUAGACGCUGACACGUAAAUUACUUUUUAUUCAAAGUUAACGAACCGAGGCUCAGGACUCCUCCAAAAGACGCUCUGGACCAGACUCUCUCUCUCUCUCUCUCUCUCUCCCCCCCCCCUCUCCCAGGCUUUAGCCGUGGUAGUUUUACAGAGUAUAAAGUGUGUAUGGACGCGUGCGUGUGUGAGUGAAUAUUUGUGAUUUAGAAGCGUAACGUCUGCCCUGAUUCUUCCUCCUGGCAAGAGUUGCUGAAGCCCACUGGACGUCUCUUGCAGCCCGCUGGCGACCCGGCGGGCCGCACCUUUUCCGGAGCGAGCGGCUGUUUGAACUUUGAGGCCGCGCCGCCGGCCGCUCCUCUGACUUCAUUGCACUAAGGAAUCCAUACUGCCCUGACUGCUCCCUGCCCCAGGAGAAGACUCCUGAACGGUAGCUGUGGAUGUUUUGUUGUCGUUUGUUUUUCUUCCCUUUAAACCCGCAUAUCACCACAGCUACAGCCAUCGUUACUUGUUUUUUCUUUUUUUUGUCGUCGCGACUUCUUUUUCCUGCGUCCACCUGUUUGUCGAGGGCAGUAUUCUGAGCUCACUGAGAAACAGGGGGGGUGUGGGGGGGACAUGUUUACACUGGCGGCCCUGCUGAAAGCCUAAAGAGACGACGGCUACGAUGCAGCGCUUGAUUUAAGGAUCUUUUUUUCCUGUUUCGUAUGUGAAGGGAGGAAGAAACAAAACAAACUUAAAAAAAAAAAAAAAAAAAAUCUGGCUGCAGGGAUUGCAAUCUGAUCACCUACAAACUGACUCCCUCUUCGGUGGAUUCUCUUUUCCACCCUCUGCUCUCCGACACCCUGGCACAGACAGGAACCGGUCGUGCUCCCAGCCGAGUGGACGUGUGUCUCCAGGAUCAUCUCAACGAGUCCGACUGAGGAGGACGGAGAAGACUCGUAUUCCCCCGUUGGACUGAAAUAGUUUUACAAAUAUUUAAGCCAUAUGCUUAGUGUUUUUGGGGGGUGGGGGGGAAAAGACAUUGGGGGGGGAAGAAAUUAUGAUUUCCUUUUUUAUUGGAAGCUACCCAAACGUUCAGCAUUCUACGAUAGACAUUUUUGGCUUACAGAACUAUAGGUGUCAUUACUGUAAAUUUACAGCAUAACCUGCCUGACUGAGUGUGUGUGGUUGUCGUCCCCCCCCCCCCCCGCCGCCCCCAUUUUUUGAUAUAUAUGAAUUAUCGUGUCGCUCUGUGACGUCAGAGCGCGGCGGCAACGUCACCACAAGUGGUCAAAAGUUUUUAUUUCUUUUUAAAUUACAUGAACUUUGGUCUUCGUGUCACUGUAUGUUUUAAUCUUGUACAUAACGAAGCUGAGGAAGAGUUUUCCAUGUUGAGACGAUGAAGAUGGACUGCAGCGUUCUUCUCUCUUUUGGUUCCGCGAUAAUUUCAGAGAAUUUGAGUUUCAGUGGUCCUGAAUGUUUUUAAAAGAAGAAGAAGAAGAAGAAGAGAGCAAGGAUUUUUCCCUUCACUUCUCAGUGUUAUCCUGUAUGUUUUCUUUUCUUUUGAUUCCAAGCUCCUGAGCAGGAAGUAGAAGUCAUUACAGCUACUGUAUGUUCUGGCCGUUUGCACAGUUUCAAAGUUAUACAAUUGUACAUUUUAAACUGGUGGAAGACCGCGUCUAUCAGGACUAACCCCUGAUGUCCCGGUCGACCCCAAAUCCCUCAGAAGAAGCCGUUUCCUCUCUCUCUCUCUCUCUCUCUCUCUCUCUCUCUCUCUCUCUCGACAAACGUUUGAUGUAAAGACAGUUACGAGGAGUCGAGCUCAAACUGGGUCAGCGAGGACGAGAUCGCUCCUCGGUUACAAGGGAAACUCCGGCAGGGCCCCGCAACCACGCAGCUGUUCUCUCUCGAAUGUACUCGUGUUGUGGUGUCGAGGUCAACUCUCUGUAAUUUGCUUAGCCUGCUUUAAUGAGGGAAAGUGUGGAGGAGCAGCAGCAGUGAUCGAAUGCUGGAAGAAGGAAAAAGGUGCAUCUUAGUAGCUGCUGCUCUCUCUGUUCACCACUGUUGGUCGAAACCGUGUGAGCUUCAACAUAAGGGCUACCUGAUCGGGUAGGUGGAUAACAUUUUAAAUUAUAGGCUGUAGAUGUGUUUCAUCCAGCGGCCCUUUCAGAUUCCCCUCCAUCGCGAGGGUGACUUCAAAUGAAGCUUCAUUGCUUUUUCUUUUUUUUUUUCUCACCUUUUUGUUCAAUUUUGUUUUUUAUUUUAAUUUAAUUUUGUUUUACGACCAUGUUUCCAAAGAAGGCAGGGAAAUGAUGUUUUCCUAGAUGUGGCUUUAGGAAAUAAACACAAUAGGGAUUUAAAGAAAUUAUACUAGAACUGUCUGUAAUUUUCCAUUUUGUACUCCUUUAAUUCCUAGCUACACAGCCAUUUUACAACACAAAAAACUUGUGCUGGAAUAAAACAUCAUAAAGAUCCUAA